AUGGUCGCAUUUAACUGGCAAAGUUUUCAUUUUUUCCUACUCGCAGUUUUCUUCACGUUUCUCAGCUCCGCCGUGAUUUCAUCCAGCCAUGGCGGGAUAAAGCUCAAGCUCGUCCACACGCACGCCGUGCAGAGACCAAAUCCCGCCACCCAACUCGAGCGCCUGAGGCAAUUGGUCCACGGCGACACUAUCCGCCUCCGCGGCGUGUGGGAGAAGCUACAAUCGAAAUACAGCAGCAACAGGAGAGGAAAUCUGGAGAGAGAUGCGUAUUUUCCGGCGUGCACUAACAGCAGCGGUGGGAAAGCCGACCGCAAUGCGUCGGCCGAGCUGGAGAUGCACUCGGCGGCGGACGAGGGGGCGGGUCAGUACCUGGUCGAGUUCAGGGUCGGGUCGCCCGCCCAUAGGGCGCUGCUGAUUGCGGACACCGGGAGUGACCUGACCUGGACGAACUGCAGGUUCAGGUGCCGCAGGGGAGGGUGCAAGAGGGAUUCCUUAAAACGCCGGGUUUUUCGGGCCGACCAGUCUUCGACUUUUCGGACCGUGCCCUGCUCGUCGAGCACGUGCAGGGACGAUCUCUCGAGUCUCUUCUCGCUCACCCGGUGCAUUUUGCCCAGGGACCCAUGUGCCUAUGAUUACAGGUACGCGGACGGCUCGUCUGCUCAGGGCGUGUUCGGCAAUGAGAGCGUCACGUUGACCCUCUCCAACGGGCGCAGGACGAGGCUCGACGAUGUGCUCGUGGGCUGCAGCGAGUCAUCCAAUGGGCCCACCAUCCAGGCUGCAGACGGCGUAAUGGGCCUGGGAUACAGCAAUCACUCGUUCGCUCUUCGGGCCGCCACCCAAUUCGGGGGAAAGUUCUCCUACUGCCUUGUCAACCACCUGAGCCCGAGGAACGUCACGAGCUAUCUAGUUUUCGGGCCCCACGAGCAAGUCCACAAUAUAUCCCUCAACCGGAGAUUGCGGUACACGGAGCUUGUCCUGGGCGUGAUCACCCCGUUUUAUGCCGUGAACGUGAAGGGGAUCUCGGUCGGGGGCUCGAUGCUCGACAUCCCGGCUGGGACGUGGGAUCUGAGUGGCACGGGAGGAGCGAUCAUCGACUCGGGCUCGAGCCUAACGGGCCUGACGAGGCCUGCGUAUGGGCCGGUGAUGGGGGUGCUGAGGCGGGCCUUAGUGGGCUUCGAGAGCCUGGAUUUGGAUAUUGGGCCGGUUGAGUACUGUUUCAAUUCGACCGGGUUUAGGGAGAGUAUGGUGCCGAGGCUGGUGCUUCAUUUUAUUGGUGGGGCGAGAUUCGAGCCGCCGGUGAAGAGCUACGUGAUAGAUGCGGCCCCGGGAGUGAAGUGUUUGGGGUUCGUGCAGGUGCCUUGGCCGGGUGCAUGCGUUAUUGGGAAUAUAAUGCAGCAGAAUCAUUUGUGGGAGUUUGAUUUGGUUAAGGGGAGGUUGGGUUUUGCUCCGUCCCCCUGCACUUAA